GUGAAGAAGUAGGCAGAGGUCACAAAACCUCGCUACUGGGGCUUUGUGUGUGUCAGCGGAAGGCGGAGCAUGGAGGACAUUGAGGAUUUGUUCAUUGGUGGCGGAGGAGCUCCUCCCGGUUUCCGCUUGCCGAUUACAUCCGUCGGACUCAAUCCAAAGAAGAAGAACAACAACAACAAGAAGAAACCCGAUCUCAAUGGCAACCUCUCUCAAAUCAAACACCCACUCGCUCCUCUCUCCCCUAAAGUCCCUGGCACUGAGACUAUAUAUAUCAAGACAUUUGGAUGCUCCCACAACCAGAGUGACAGCGAAUAUAUGGCUGGUCAACUUUCAGCUUUUGGUUAUUCAUUAAGUGACAAUCCUGAGGAUGCAGACCUAUGGCUCAUAAAUACAUGCACAGUUAAAUCUCCAAGCCAAUCUGCCAUGGACACUCUGAUAGCAAAAGGCAAAGGUGCGAAAAAGCCCCUGGUGGUAGCUGGGUGUGUGCCUCAAGGAAGUCGAGAUAUAAAGGAGCUAGAUGGUGUCAGUAUAGUAGGAGUCCAGCAAAUUGACCGUGUGGUUGAAAUUGUUGAAGAAACUUUGAAAGGUCACGAGGUGCGGCUUUUAAGCCGUAAGACAUUGCCAGCACUGGACCUCCCUAAGGUGAGAAAAAACAAGUUCGUUGAGAUUCUUCCCAUUAAUGUUGGCUGUUUAGGUGCUUGCACAUACUGCAAAACAAAGCAUGCCCGUGGUCAUUUAGGGAGUUACACCGUUGGUGGACUUGUGGGACGUGUAAAAUCUGUGAUAGCUGAUGGAGUCAGGGAAAUAUGGUUGAGCAGUGAAGAUACUGGAGCUUAUGGUCGUGACAUUGGGGUCAAUCUACCUAUUUUAUUGAAUGCAAUUGUCAAGGAGCUUCCUCCUGAUGCAAGCACAAUGCUUCGAAUUGGAAUGACGAAUCCCCCUUUCAUUCUAGAGCACUUGAAAGAAAUUGCAGAGGUGUUGCGGCAUCCAUGUGUAUACUCAUUUCUUCAUGUACCAGUCCAAUCUGGAAGUGAUGCUGUCUUGACUGCAAUGAAUCGAGAAUAUACAGUGAGUGAGUUCAAGACUGUUGUAGAUACUUUAACUGAGCUUGUGCCAGGGAUGCAGAUUGCAACUGAUAUAAUUUGUGGAUUUCCCGGUGAAACGGAUGAAGAUUUUGCUCAAACUCGUGACCUUAUCAAGGAGUACAAGUUUCCUCAAGUUCAUAUUUCACAGUUCUAUCCUCGACCUGGAACACCUGCUGCAAGGAUGAAAAAGGUCCCCAGUACUGUAGUGAAGAAUAGGAGUCGUGAAUUAACUUCUGUUUUUGAAGCUUUCACCCCGUAUGUUGGAAUGGAAGGCAGGGUGGAAAGGAUUUGGAUAACAGAAGUUGCCACUGAUGGUACUCACUUGGUCGGUCAUACCAAGGGAUACGUGCAGGUGCUUGUAGCUGGUCCAGAAAGUAUGCUGGGGACUUCAGCUAUUGUGAAGAUAACGUCAGUUGGAAGGUGGUCUGUAUUUGGAGAAGUAAUUGAGACUAUCCCUGAAUCGAAUGAUAAAGAAGCUGUGGGAAAAGAAAGGCAGAGUCAGGAGAAUUGUUUCCCCUGCUCGAACAAUUUUGAGACUUGUGCUUGUUCAACAGAGCCUGAAACUUGUGCUUGUGGACCAGAAAGUUGUGGAGAACAGGCUACAUUGACAAAAUGUUCUGUAACAACUACUGGCGUUCCACUUGAAGAUCAGAACAACAGAAAUCUGAUUGGAUGGUUACUGAGGAAGCGAAAGAACCAAGUUCAGAAAUUGGUGGAGAAUGAAAUUGACUUGGGAUUAAAGAAAAAGCAAGAGCAGACCCAACAAAGCAUUGGUAACUGGGGUGUUGUGGAUAAGGCUCUUCUAGGUGGGAUGCUUGCGAGCUUCCUGACUAUUGUAGCUGUACUAGUACAUCUUGGAUUUAGAAUUAUGUCAUCCAAGUAGAGUAAUUUUAGUUUUACUAAUCCAUUUUUGUAAUGGUCAUGCGGACUUAUUUGUUUCGUUUAGAAGAGAAAAUGUAAGGUAUGAUCGUAAUGUUGGAUUUUUGUUUGCGGUGCUGUUGAAUCAUGACAGUUUCCUCA